CUGGAGCUUAUCUCGUUACCAUGGCAGAACUGAGAGCGCCUAUUGGCUAAUUGUUUGCACCCACUUUUGCUGUGCAGAAUAUAAAAAAGGAGAUAUCUGAAAUACAAAUAAUUAUUAGCCUCCGGAGCCAUUGCUACACGAAACAAUGGAACCGCUGGGAGCAACCACUGUUUUCCUGGUCAUUUGUGUCUCUUGCCUUCUCUUCCUCUUCAUGUGGAGAAAGUCGCCUGGAAGUGGGAAGCUGCCGCCCGGACCUGUUGCUUUUCCCCUCAUUGGGAACAUGCUGCAGCUGAGAAAGAAGAGCUUGCCCCUGCAUAUAGAAGAGCUCAGUAGAACGUACGGCCCGAUUUUCACAAUUUACUUGGGCUCUGAGCGAGUUGUGGUGCUGCAUGGAUAUGAGAUUGUGAAGGAAGCUCUGGUUGGCCUCGGAGACGAGUUCAGCAGAAGAGGAAGAAUGCCACUAUUUGAGACAGCUACCAAGGGAUCAGGUAUCGCUUUUACCAACGGGGAGCAGUGGAAGCAGCUCCGGCGAUUUGUCCUCAUGACGCUGAAAGAUUUUGGGAUGGGAAAGAAAAGCAUUGAGGAGCGGAUCCAGGAGGAAACCCGUUUUCUGGUGGAAAGACUCAGAAACACGCACGGGCGGCCCUUGAACCCCAGGCUCCUCCUCACCCACGUCUUCUCCAACAUCAUCUGCUCCAUCGUCUUCGGGGACCGGUUUGACUACGAAGAUAAGAACUUUGUUACUUUGAUUAGUCUCAUCUUGGAAAAUAGCAAACUCCAGCAAUCUCCCUGGGCAGCGCUGUACAAUUUUUUCCCGACACUCAUGGAUUACAUCCCUGGGCCUCACCACGGGGUAUUUAAAAAUUUUGAGGAGUGCAGAAUAUUUGUUCAGGAGAGAGUGAACAUGCAUAAAGAGUCUCUGGAUCCCACUUGCCCUCGAGACUUCAUUGAUGCAUUCCUCAUCAAAAUGGAAGAGGAGCAAAAGAAUAGCGACUCCGUAUUUACAGAAGAAAGCUUGGUACGAAGCACAGUUGAUUUAUUUGUAACUGGAACAGGGACAUCCAGCACCACUCUCUACUUUGGACUCCUGGUUCUUCUGAAAUUUCCAGAAAUAGAAGCGAAAGUUCACGAAGAGAUUGACAGUGUGAUUGGCCGAAGCCGAAGCCCCAGCAUGGCGGAUCGAAGCCAGAUGCCCUACACAGAUGCUGUGUUACAUGAAAUCCAGAGAUUCCUUGCCAUUGUGCCUCUAGGUAUCCCACAUGCUGUGACUAAGGAUGUUCAUCUCAAGCAGUACGUGAUUCCCAAGCAUACCACGAUAUUCGCUGCACUCAAGUCAGUUCUAUAUGACAGCAGGGAAUUUCCAAAUCCAGAGCAAUUCAACCCGGGACACUUCUUGGAUGAAAAUGGUGCCUUUAAGAAGAGUGACUUCUUCAUGCCGUUUUCUACAGGGAAACGGAUGUGCCUGGGGGAGAGUCUGGCUCGCAUGGAGCUCUUUUUGGCACUGACAGCGAUUUUACAGAACUUCACCCUGAACCCCGUGGUUGAACCCAGAGAUGUUGAUAUUACUCCAGUAACAACUUUUGUGGGAAAUUUACCAAAACCAUAUGAGCUCCGUGUUCUUUGCCGGUAAAGGUUACCUCCUUGCAUGGUUGGUGCAUAUGGUAGAAACAGGAAUGCGGUAUCUACACACAGCUGAUGCAGAUGCACCGCUGAAUGCUGGGGCUGUGGUGGCCCCAUCUCGUCCCUUCCCUAUCUUCCAUGCUUGCAGAAGUUUUUAUUAUGGUUCCUGUAGGUUUCAGGGUAGCUGGCAAGGCCUUAUCUGCGAUCCAGCUUCCUGGGUGCCUUGGACUUCCUGUAUCCAUACCAGUGAACCUGGGGAGCAGCACAGCAGAUAGCAUUCUCAGCUGCCCCGAGACCUGCAUGGAACAUUCAGUCAUUUCCAGCUGCUGCACGUUUCUCCAGUAAGAGAUGCCUGAACAUACCAGAUCUCAUCCUCUGGAGAGCCCAGGUGCUGUGCUGCUUCCUUUGCAGGUUCCUUCCCCUCCUCCCUACAGAGCUUCCUAGCCACUGGGCCCCUCCUCCAUGCUUGCUUCCUGCGUGGCUGCUGGGCACCCCUCCCUGCUGCUUUGGUAGCUAAAUUGUCUGAAUAAUAGCCGUUGUGGAUAAAGGGGAAGCAGUAGAUGUGGCAUACCUAAAAGGUAGUAAAGCAUUUAAUACAGUUGCACAUGAUCUUCUUAAUAAUAAACUAGACAAUACAGUGUCAGUGGGGGCUACUAUAAGGUGAGUGCAUAACUGAUUGGAUAACUCUAUUGCAUGAGCGAAAGGACAGCUGGCUCCCGGGCAGACUCAUCACUCUCUCUGUAAAUGAUCUGAUUGCCACCCAAUGGGACAGUGCACUGCACCCAAACCAUUUGUGACAAGUCUUUUACUAUGCCCACAUGUAGUGCUCUUCAUUAGCUACAUUCUGCAUGUGCAGUGUUCGCAAACCCACGUGGCACCCAAUGGAAAACCAGCUCCAUUUCCUUUACAAAGGAAUUGCUUUGGGUCAGGGAUUUGUCUGGAACAGGGUGAGCACGCAGGACAAGGGAAGAGAAGAGGGAGGCAAUUGGGGCAGAGCAAGGAUAGAGAAUGUGUGGGGCCAUAUGCAGAAAACACCUGCUGCAGAGUUAGCCUGGCUCCAUAGGCAGCAGCUUCACUCUCUGUCCAUGCGGAUGUCCUGGACCUGGCUGUGAGCAGGGUUUGAACCCAUGCGGGGAAACCUAUUGGAAUUCUAGUCCAACGUCCAACCACUUGGCCAUCACAGCUGUAAGUGCAGCACCAGGAGUGAAACCUGAGCUAGAACCAUCCCUGUCACAAAAGGAAAAAAACUGGAUUUAUUUCAUGUACAUGAACCUGAUUGUCUUUGAUUCUGGACUCAUGUCCUCAGUGACAGAAAUGAACUCAUUGUCUUGAAACAGAUAAAUUGCUGGAUUUUUAUAUAACUGUGAUUUAAAAAAUAAAGUAUAAGAUAAAAAAAUCAUCAAACAAUUGCCUCACAGAGCUACGUACAGUUAUUGUGUAGUGUUCUCAAACACGGUCAGGUGGGAACAGAAGCUGGGUAAGUUGUCAAGUCCUAUGUGUUGUGGUUCAUAAUUAUGGACACGUUAUCAUUGACAAAGAUUUGGUAACAGUGUCUAGCCCUUGAGCUUCAAUCACCCAAUGAAAAUAAAUCGCAAUGAUACAACACUUGGGGGCUCGACAUCUUGUUUUGAUAGGCAGAGUUUCUUUGGCUUGGACAGAACUAGAGUUCUCCCUGCCCUGGUCCUUCCUGCCAUU